AAAUUGUUCUGUGUGAUCAUCUUUAUCAUAUGAUGGAGCAUGUUUAUCCUGAUAGCAGGGGGUGAGGAUCAGUGGAGGACGAGGACAAAACCAGGUAAGAAGAGGCCAACCACAUAGACACGUUCCUGACGAAAUCAGGGCAACACUUGUGGAUCAUGUGAUAAACCAUGGCCUCACAAUGGCCGAGGCUGGUCGAAGGGUGCAGCCAAAUGUUGGGAGAACUACUGUAAGUUCUAUUAUUGAGACAUUUCGUUGGGAAAACAGGUGAGCAUACUGUAAUGUAGUUAUUCAGCACAAACUAAUUUGCUCUGCACUUUCAUAGUCAUACAGGAGACUUGCAUUAGGACAUGACCUUAUAGAUCUUUACAUAUAGACGUACUGUAACUGAAGCGCAGACUUGGCCCAGGUGUGGCAUAGUGUGCUGUGGUACAAUACAGUAAUGCUGUAAAGAAAGGAGUUUUGAAGGAUAGUCCUGUAACAAUUACUGUAAGCAUGUUUGCGCUUAUUUAUGUUUGUGUUUUUUCAUUUGCAUCUCAAAAAGGACUGCCAGACAACCUAGAAGAGGUGGAAGAGGUCCACUUUUGACUCCGCAGCAAGAGGAAAGAAUUUGUGCAAUGGUGGCUGCAAACAACGCUUUGAGACUGAGAAAAAUACAAAGAACUGUCGUAGAAGAUGACACCAUCUUCGGAAAUAUUCAGUCAAUAUCAACUUCCACCAUAGACAGAGUCCUCAGACGGAAUGAAGUGUCCAUGAAGCAAUUGUACAAAGUACCAUUUGAACGGAACAGUGAUCGAGUGAAGGAGCUCCGUCACCAGUAUGUACAGCGUAUCCUGGAAUUGGAGGCCAGGGAACCCCUGCACACGUUUGUAUAUCUUGACGAAGCGGGAUUCAAUCUCGCAAAAGGCAGACGGCGUGGACGAAAUCACAUUGGAGAAAGAGCCACCAUUGAUGUCCCAGGCCAACGAGGAGGAAAUAUUACAAUGUGUGCAGCAAUCUCAGAAAAUGGCGUUCACACCCAUAUUCCUCGUAUUGGUGCAUACAAUACACAACACCUGUUGGCUUUUCUGGACGCUCUUUAUAGGGACCUAAUCCCACAAAAUGAAAGGGAUGAUCCUGGUGACAAUCGGACAAUGUAUGUAGUGGUUUGGGAUAAUGUUAGCUUCCAUCACUCUGCUGCAGUCAGGCAGUGGUUUGCAGCACACGACAGGAUGCUUAUGGAGUUUCUUCCUCCUUACAGUCCAUUCCUAAAUCCAAUUGAGGAGUUUUUCUCUACCUGGAGGUGGAAGGUAUAUGACAGGCAUCCACAUACCCAAAUGACCCUGCUAGCAGCUAUGGAUGCACCUUGUGAUGACAUCACAGCAGAGUCCUGCAGAGGGUGGAUUCGACACUCCAGAAGAUACUUUCCCCGAUGCAUCGAUAGAGCUGACAUUCGCUGUGAUGUUGAUGCAAAUUUGUGGGCAGACAAACGGGAGCGUCUAGAUAUCAAUGAUUGAUAUGCAGCAGUGUCUGUUUUUCAGGGGUUUUUUUGUUUCAUAACUACUGCAGUAAGGUUUACUGUCUAAGUGAGUUUAUGUUUGCUGUAAAAUGUUUGAUUUACUGUACUUCCCCAGUUGCACAAUGCUUGUAGCUGACGCUGAAAUGUUUGUGUGGGUUGCCAUGACAACACCAAAGUGAAUCUGAGAUCGUUAUUGUUUUCUAUUUGUUUUCUUUAUUUGCUUCUCAUGCUUGUGUACAUUUGCAGUAGGAAAGAUAAUCUAUGAAUCCAGUGAUAUAUCCUUCUUAUAAGAAAUGUUUCUGUUAAAAUAUUAUUGUGAAGUAGUCACUUCCUGUGAGUUGCGGGAACCAGAAGUUGUGCGCGGGAGAGACAAGACAGAACGGUAACACGGCGGACUUUUCGGAAUGUACAACUUUUCUACUGCUGGUUUUACAAGGCGUACACGGUAAAAAUCAUUAUGCUGUUAUUUGUUUAACACUUGUGCACUUUGUGAAAGGAAAUAAGUGGCUGAGAUGAAUAUCAUAUGUGCUAUUGAUAUUAUUUUACUUGUUUCUAGUUUUCGCGGUGCUCCAUGAU